AUGAUGGCGGUCGUCACCUAUACGGCUUACGCACUUGGACUUAGCUGGAAUAUUACUACUGACACACAUGGCCAGAAUAUCGAGAACAUUGCCGGAAGCCAUAUCCGGAAAUCGGUUAUCGAGCUAUGGGCAAAGUCGUCAAACAUUUUCGGAUGCCGAGUUCAGUUACUGUUUUGUAGUGAUUAUCCUUGCUGUAUGCCUCUGCCAAUUACAUUCCUCAAGUCGCCACAGGAUUUUUGGUGGGCAGUCGUGAUUGCCAUGAUCACCACCUCAUGCGCAGUCGUCUUGAUUAUUGUCGGCGCUUCGCUUGACUAUGGUUUGUGCUCAGGCUAUACAGGCAUGCCAUCGUAUCAACCGAAGAACUUCUUCCUGGCAUUGGGCACUUUGUUGUUCGCCUAUGGUGGACAUUCAGCCUUUCCCCACUAUUCAACAUGA